UUGCGGCCACAUUGUAUUUUGUAUCAAUUAUAGUUUGCGUAUUGCGGCUUUUGCGGAGUUUUUAUUUAAUUUACAAUUGCAUGGUGUAUAUUAGGAGUAAAUAGACGCUACAUAUGUAAACAUUUACAUCAGUUUUACGUGCAUCAUAUGCGUAAUUAGUGGCACCGUUGUUAUGGUACUAAACGUGAUAUUUAUUCCUGACAACGACGCCAGCCUAUUAUAAGAACUAAAGCCAUUGCAAAAAAAACAAUAUUAACUACAAUAUUAAUGAAUUAAAUGAUAUGGAGAAUAUAGAAAUAGAAUAUCUCGAUGAGUACAAAGACUUGGUGUUGCCUGGCAUCAACACAAACGGCGAUACGACAACGACGGCGUCAUUAAACAACCAAGCGGGCUCAUCAGCGUCGUUGUCGCGUUUGCAAGACAGACGCAUAUCAUCGGACACCAGUGGUUCAUCCUCCAUCGAUCCGGAUAUAUUUCAAAAACUUUUCGAUGAAAAGUUUAUGGAGGACGAACUACUUAAUGAAAGUAGUACAAAUGUUAAGGGGAGAUCUCGACAUAAUUCAAGUUCAUCGUCAAGCGGUUCCAAUGAUGCUCUGGAUGCAUUGUUUAAUCGACAACCCCACAAAACCCCUGAGAGCAAAAGACGCGGUCGAUCGGAAUCAUUUGACUCUCUAGAUGAUUUGGGUGAGGCGUUGAUGGGUUCCAAUCACAAACUGCUGUUGUCGAAGGCAAGCAGCAGUAGUUCAAGAAAAUCACAAAGUCUGCACAAAGUCACAAGUGCCGUCAAAUCGAAAAGUCCUGAUAAAGUGCUGAAAACAUAUGGGCAAAGUCAUAGUGCCUCCUCGCCACCUUUUAAUGCAAGAGCUGCUGGCUCAAACAUUAAUGGCAAUAGCAGCAGCAGCAGCAGCAGCAGCUCGUCGAACCAUCAGCUGCAGGACAAUAAAACCAAGAAACCUGUAACCAUAAUUGAAGCACAGAAACCUGACUUGAAGCCAUCCAAACAUGAACCCAAAGAGGAUCCACUGCAUCUGCAAGACUUACCCUGCGACUCGGAUAGCGAUUCUUCAUAUGUAUAUGAAUCGGAUUUUUACGGUUAUGACGAUUCCGAUGAGGAAGAUGACUCGAAACAAAUUAUUGACAUAUCAACGGACACGAGCGCAACUCCAUCUGUGGCGGAAACUGUGACACCUGUUGUUUCCGACGACGAGAGCCAGCAAGCGCCGGAGUCGCGUCAACACGAUGAGCGUGACCAGCAGCCACUAACGCCAAUUGGCAAAAAUGAGCGUCUGAAAGUGUAUUUAGAUAAUCUAAGUGACGCUGAGACGCCGCCUUCAAGACACAAACACUCGCGUUCUCCCACAAAAAAAUCGUAUGCCAAUGAACAAAAUCAAUCAGACUCACAACAGGUUAAUGACUCCUCCACGGGAAACAUCGGCCAAUCGAUGGCCGGGGGAGAGCAACAGCUUGAAGUAGCCUCGAGCAGCACAACCACAAAACCACGUCGUCUUUUCGACGACGAAGGCGGCGGCGGCGACGACUCUCACAAUUUACCACCAGCCGAUUAUGUGGACAAUAAUCUCACCUAUGAAACAUUGGAGCGCCUCAGUCUUAAUUUGGCCGAACAGAUCAGCAGCAUUGAUGCUGAGCGCUCCAUUGAGUUCGAGAAACGUUCCGGGUCUAAGCCGCGUAGCAAAUCGACCUCUCAACCAACGAGCUCAUCAUUCUUCGUCAGCCAUGUGCGCAAGCUCACUUAUUCGAACGAAGCCUUGGAUAAGCCAGUCACAGGUAGAAGCAACCUGCGACGCGCUAUAAGCGAGGGACCGUUUCCUAAAGGCAAGCGAGGAAGACCACCCAAGAAGCGAACUGACACCACGGAGGAGCAAAUGUCAGUUAUUUCGCUGACGCCAAAGAAACAAUCAAACAAAAAUGAUCUCGACAAAAGCGAGGGCUGCAAAAAUAAAAACACACAUGUCGUAGAACCAGUCUCAGUGCUGGAGUCAGCUCCGGAGCCAGUACUGAUGACAGCAUCGGAUCCAGUUACAAAACGAGAACCAACGACAGUUAUAGAGCCAAUACUGAAAACAGUUACGGAGCCAGUACCAGCAAACGUAAUGGAACCAGUAUUAACGACAGUAUUGGAGCCCAUAUUGAUGACAGUUACGGAGCCUGUGGAGGAAAAAUUACAACCGUCGAAAGCGGUACUGGAGUUAACUCCAGUAAAAAGGAAACCAGGCAGGCCACGUAAAAAGAAAAGAAUAGAUAAGAGCCAGUCUCUACCAGUCUCUCUUGAACUUCCGAAACAUACGGAUGCUGAAAAUAAAAUCGUUGUAACAAAUGAAAAUAGCAAUUUGGGAAAAGCAACCCAAGAAAUUGAAAUAUUACAAGUGGAUACAACUGACAAGGAAAAGAUUUAUAAUUCUAUUGGAUCAGAUAAAAAUCAAAAUAGUUCAAAAACUAAAAAAACAGAGGAAAACCUAACAGCAGCAAUUGAAAGCAUUGCAGUGAUGGAGAAUUUAAUUAGAGGAUCUGAAAUGCAAACAGAUUUAAAAGAUACCAAUGACAAUAGCAAAUCAGAAAUUAACGCCAUCGCAAAGGAAAAUUUGGAGAAUUUACAGGAAACCGAAACUACAAUGAAGGAAGUUGACAAUAUUUUAGAAAUGGCAACAAUUAAUAGUGUUACGGAAUGCGAUAAGGAAACAGGUGACGUACAAGAACCAAUUGAAACUGUCACAUCAAUUAAUGAGGAGAUUAAAAUGCCAGAGGUGCCAGAAAUUACUUCAAAGGAUACGAUUAAUGAAGAAUCAUCGAAGAUUAUUGAAGAAACUGAGCAGCAAGUUGAUGUGGGUGCUAACAUUGAGCUGACGGAAGAAAAUAUGGUAAAAUCGCAUGAAGAGAUUGAGCUGAACGAAAUGCAUGAGGCAGAUGAAUUAGUUAAAGAAAUGGCGAAAAUUUGCGAAGGAGAAUCGUUAGAUCAGAUUGUAGAGGAAGUCAUUAUUAGAUCCGAACAGGAAGUUACGGACGAUUUUAAUGAGCUGAUAACACCACAAGAUAACGAAGGAAAUUUAACUGAAGUUUCCAAUCUUCCAGAAGACUUUAAUGAGCUGAUAACACCACAAGAUAACGAAGGAAAUUUAACUGAAGUUUCCAAUCUUCCAGAAGAUCUGGGUGCAGCAGAACUUUCCGCUGAGAAUUUGCCAACACAAGAUAUUGAAAUUGCUUCCAAGGCGAUUAUUACGUGCGAAAAGGAAAGCUCAGAUGGCUCCAGAAGCAUAACAGGUCGCAGGAGUCGCAGUGGCAAACGCACUACCAAAUGCGAAAUCGAUGCGUCCGCUGGCGAAAGUCCUAUGUUGACUGAAAGCAAAGACCAUAAAGUUGAUGCAGAAAACAAAGAUACCAAAGUUGAUUCUGGAGAUAGCGCAACGGAACACAAGCGAAGCAACUCCAAGCAAAAGAAGUCUGAAACGGGUUUAAAAUCAGUGUCGAACACAACUGAUAAACAGAAGGGUAAUUUAUCUCAAAAUACGAAAGGACGCGGUCGAAAGCGGAAAGUAGAAAUGCCGGAAGAAAAGCCAUUAAAUGAUUCCACUUUGGAUUCCAAUAACGAGGAUACUACAAUAGAACCUCGAACAACAUCCGCAACUGAAGGACAGCCAUUAAACGAUAGCCAAACUAAUAUAGAAUCUCCUGAACCAAAUAGCAGUAAUGAGAAAUUUGCAAUAGAAAAGAAAGCCCUUCAAACGAAACGGAAAUUGAAAAGUGCCAAGUCAACAUCGAAGGAAACAAAAAGUGAAAUCUCAGAAUCCAAUUUGGAUGUUAGCGGUAAGCCAAUUCCUUUAGAUCUUCCCUCAACAUCUCAUGAACAGACAACAGGUAAAACUCCCAGUGAAAAUCUAGAAUCGAUUGAUUUUCAAGAAAUUGUUGCAAGCAAUUUGACAUCUGGCAAAAGGAAACGAAAAACGUUGAUUACCAAGAGGCAACCAAAAAAACCUGACGUUCUGUUAUCUAGCGAUAAGCACCUCAAUGUGUCUCAAAAUGCAGCGGAAAACCUGGAAGCUUUAAAAUUUGUCGUUGACAUGUUAACCGAAGAGAAAAAUCAGCUCAGCGAAACAGGGGAACUAGUCAAGAAAUUGCAGGGUACACAAGUUGCUACCGCCAGUGACUCGAUGAUAAAACAAUUAAAGCCCAAAGAAAUUAUAGACAUUCAAGAGUCUGAAGGUAGAACGACGCGUUCCAGAGCAGGUACACCAGCAGCAGCGCUACGGUAUAAAUCAAGAGAAAAGGAAACCACAGCAAAUACGGGUAAGGAGCAGGAUAAAAAACUGCAGGGUCGCAAAGCGUCAGCUAGUCGUGCAGCUACGAAAUCCAAAGAUCGUGAAAAUAACUCAUCGAAUGAAACAACUCUGUUGGUUGAUUCUCAAAUUGCGAAAUCAAAAACUAAGCCACGAAUAGGGCCCAAGAAUCGACGAGCAGCUGUCAAGGAAAGCAAGACGCCGGCAGAGACUGCAACUGCAGCACAGCUUCUCGCUGGUAGUAGUGCUACCCCAGUUAAUUUUGGCUCAUCGGUUGCCAGCACGCCAAGCACCAGCUCCUCAACAAAUUCGGGGCGCAAGUUGCGAGUCUUGAUUAAAAAAUCAAAAAUUAUGUUCAACCUAAACCAAAACGAGGACAACAUGGCUAAUAUAACUGACACACAGGUCGUUAUUGGGUACACAUCAAAAGCUGAUAAAUUAGAUGCAGAAACUAAAGAAGCUCUUAUUGCAACUCAGCUGGAGCAAAAUGUGUUGAAAAAUCAGGACGAGUUGGUUGACACCGAAUCUAUAGAGUUGGAUGUGCAGACAACUCAAACGCAAUUAAUAGAUCAACAGCUUGAUAAAAAUGAGGAUGUGAUUACAGCUCAAUCUGAAGACGCCACUGAUGAGAAAAAACUCGAAAUAAAUGUUCAAGAUGCACAUCAGUCCGAGAUGGAAACAACCGAAUUAGAUCAACUUGAAAUGAAGGAGUCUGAAGCUGAUCAAAUUGAUCAAUCAAAUGUAACGGAAACAACAGGUGUCCAUGACCACAACGAUGAUGGUGUGAGCUCCACGCAAUCGGAUGUCUCCCAGUCAGAUGUAGGUGGUUCAAAGACGAAGCAUUUGAUGCAAGCGAAGACAAUAAUGGCACCGCCCACUACAUCACAUAGCGAAGUAUCUACUGGAAAAUCAGUUAUGCGACGACCGUUUCAUGCUUAUGAGCAGAGCACGCCCCCUGCAGAGAAACGUCGCAAGGUGGAAAUUAAAGCGAAAGACAAACCAAAGUCAUCUCCGGCAACUGCUUUGCAUCAAGUAAAAGGCUCAUCAUUUGUUUCGCCAAAGAAAGUGUCUCCUGUGCUGAGCAAGAAACCAGAAGCGUUCACAUCGCCUUCGAAAUCCACAUUAUCAUCGUUGCUGGGUGGCGAUGAGACUCCCACGUUAAGCAGCUCUGUAGUUAUUACCAAGACUACUGUUGGCGCAUCCAAUGAGCCUUUCAAACGCGUUGCAUCAACAUCUCCUGCAGCAACCGCCAGUGGAAUCAACAUAUCUGUAUCUUUGGUGCCAGACGCCAUUACACAACCCAAAAAGAAACUGACACAGGUGGAGACUGUCAAGAAGUUGUUGUCAAAGGCAAUGCAAUCGUCAACAGUAAGCAAGGGUGAUUGCAAAUCCUUGCCGGCAAAUAAGCAACGCAAAUCGGAGGCAGAUAAGCGAAAUACUCAGCCUGUGAAGACAGUUGUGCCGCUGGAGGAAAAGAACGCAACAUUGCCAUUGCUCGGCAAAAAGUCUUUGCCGCAAAUUGAAACAAAGAAGAAGGCUGAAAAGCCGCAACGAAAAUCAAUGCUUAGCAAAAUAUUUGAUGCGGAUCCACUGCCUACUGAACCCUCCACUAGUAGUCAAGCAAAUGUGGCAGCAGCUGCAGCAGCUUUGACGAUUGCAAAACAAGAAAAGAAGCGCCCACUGCAAAAGGAAUCAAAAAAAUCGGUUGGCAAAGCCAAGACUAAGGAUUUGGAGGAAGUACGACAGCAGCUAGAAAAAAGCAACAGCUGGACCAGCAAGGUCAACAUCUUCACUAGCUUUAUCCCCAGCUGCAGUUAACCAGCUAAGGGACCAGCGAAACGUAUGUCAAAAAAACAGCCCCAAAAGCGCGACUUAAGUGUGGCUCGUUCACUAACUGAAUCAUCAGUUGAUCGUGUCGUCACCUCAACCUCCCGAGAAUCAUCUGGCGAUCGCACCAAGCGCACUCCUCGUGCUCCCAAAGCCCCCACAAUCUCGCAGGCAACAAGUAGCGAACCGCAACGACAGCCGAAGAAGGGUCAGAAAGUGACCACUGAUGAGUUACAGCAGGAGAAGAUUCAAAACGAGCUGCAAAACAAACGGCUACAUCUAGUGGAGCAGACACAGCCACCAAAGAAGCAAAAGCAGCAACAGCAGCAGCAGCAUGAGAAGCCCCAAGGGCGCAAGCGAAAGCUUCCAGCUGUAUCUGGAGCAGAGGCUCCAAUAGUUAAGCGUGCCAAGCAUCAACCGGAUAAACCAUCGACGACAUCAAUUGCCUUCCCUGUGCGCAUUACAGCUGCAUCGUCUGUCAGCCAGAAUGUGGUGCAGCCUUCUGCUCUUCAGCCUCUUACCCUUCGAGCGAAGCCUGUUGUCAAACUGCCAGCGCUUCGAAAAGCACGCCGUUUACGAGUGCGUCUCAAUCGUCGAGUAGUUAACAACUGGAUGAAGCAACAGCAAGAAACAAUUGAAAAACAGCUGCAACAAAUGGAGACACCAUCACAAGCGAUUGCCACACCAGCAAUUGCUCCAGUCGAGGCAACACAGGCGACGAUAGCAGCGCCUCCAGUAUUGCCCCAAUCGUUGUCUGCAGUUUCUUCUUUACCAACAUUGCCGCCUUCUUUACCAACAUUGCCGCCUUCUUUACCAUCAUUGCAUCGCCAGCCAAAUUUGUCUACAAAUGUUUUACCGCUGCCUCUGGUGGAAGUCAAGACAGAGGAAGAAACAGUGGAGGAGCAACAGCUGCAAGAAGUGAUACGCUUACCGCCAGACGAUCGUCUAGAAGCUCCCCUGCAAGUGGUCGCUCCCGUACCACGUACAGUCAGUGAUCCAGAGACGCCAGUGAGCAGCUCUUCCAUCCCAAUAACGAUGCCAACGCACAACAACGACAAUGUUGUGAAUAGCAGCGGCAGCGCAGCAGAAGUGCCCUCCGCGAGCAGCUCCACUGAUGAUGUAUCCACAUUUGGCACAACGAAAAUGUUUUCAUUUUUGUAUCCUUCACGUUAUAAGCGCUCCUACGGACAGGUGGGAUUGGAUUUUUGUUGCCCAAAUUUAAAUGGGCCAAUGCAGGCCAUUGAUCCGACACGUUUGCAUCAUAAGGCCGAAGUGCCCGUGCUGGAGUUGCCGCAGUACAUGGUCAUCUCAACAAAGAUCUUCUCGAAGCAGGAUAAGAAUAUACCGCAAAAGGUGCGUGCCAAGCUUGAGCAGAUGGAGGGCAAGGAGGGACAGCCGUGUGUGGUGCAAUCAGUGCAAAUAUCAGAACCACUUGCUGUUGCAGCAACGCCUAUUGUCCCCUCUGCUCCUCCCGGACCUGUUCUUGCACCCGCUGCCGUGCCUACUCUUGCUCCUAUUGCUACCAGCGAUCCCAAGCCGGCUCCAUCACCAGCUGCAGCUUCAUCUCCAGCCUCGGGUCUCAUUGAACGCUUGACUAAACCCCUUUCGCUCUCGCUGCCGCGUAGUGCCAUCUUGACGAAGAAAACGAAUCCCACCGCUGCAGCCGUUGCACCAAAUGUGUCACCACCUGUUGUAAAUAAGCCUUCAACUGCUGCUGUCGAUCCCUUAGCAAAUUUUUUGCAUAUGCCACCUAUUUGUCCAGGGGACAAACAGCGAGUGGAGCUGCAGACACGCAUCCAACUCUUUGAUCUAAUGCUGCAAAACAUAACUAAGUCUGUUCAAUCGAUGACGGUGUUGGAACGCCAACGGGUCGUUGAAAAUUUUGUGAGGAAAACCACCUUACAGCCAAUUGACGUGGAAGUGGGCACUAAGCUGCUGGAGAACUAUGGCUAUCAUCUAAAUUCAAUUGUGGAUAAUGUCUCAGUGCCAAUACCAAAUCUGCGCCCCCCUGUUACGCUAGCAUCGACACCAGCUGCCACCCCACAAGUAACCAGUGGCAGAAAGAAGCCUUCAAGCUCAGCGGUUGCAGCUGAGGUGGUAAGUCAACCUGCUGAUCCAGCAGAUAAUUAUAGUCGAGCCAUUUACGAUCAGUCUAGAAACGUCAUUGGUUAUGAAUAUAAAAAACCAAGACAUUCGCUAGUCUCAUCGUCUCCUACUCCCAGAAAUCCCCAGCAACAACAAACGCCACCAACAGCAGCCAGCAUUAGGCUAUCUGCGCCGCCAGCAGCAGCUGGAGCUGGAGGUGGACCUAGUCGUGUGUCUAAGAGAAUGUCUUCUGGCAAUACGGUGUCUUUCCGGCCAUCUUCCAGACAGAAAACAUAUUCACGGACAGCAAACAAAUCGCAGAUGCCUCAGAGGAGAACUGUCGACAAUGUAACGCCAUCAAGUACACAACAUGCAGCAUCAACUAAUGUGGGUGCCUCUAAUCGUAAUCUAUACAUCGUCAACCAAGUGCUGUCACAGCCGGAGGAAUGCAUCUUGCCAGAUGGCGUUGGCGUGCCGGAGGAUGCAGAGAUUAAGGGCGAGAUUGAUGAUGUCGAAAUCUUAGCUUAAUCAAAUCUCCAUGGACAAAAAAGUAUUUUAAGUUACUUUACUAUAAGACCUUAGCUCGAUAUUUAUUGGCUGAUUUUUAUGGAGACAACCAAACACAGAGAAAUUAUAAAAAAGGAAACUUCAUAAGAGAUAUAAAAUAUGUUAUGUGAAUAAUGAACAAUUUUUUUUUGUAUUUGUUCUCGAAUUGGCGUUAUUUUUUUGAAUAAAAAUGUAAUUC